AUGGUCCCCAGGGCGAGCGCUGCCCUGGCCGUCUAUGCCCUUCAGGGGCUGCUCCUGAUGCACGGUCUUGCUCAGGAAGAAUUUUUGGAGAAACCAACGCUCAGCAUUGCUAAAGACCACAAUGUCAUCUUACCAGGAGACACCCUAAAAAUAAAAUGCAGGGGAGCAUCUUCUGUGAGCUGGCUGUUGAGGGAGGACCAGAAGGAAGACCCUCGGGUGCACGUCAGUAAUUGUCGCAAUAACACAAGGCAAAGCUGCAGCAUGCUUGUCAUCAGGAAAGUCAUAGCUAAUGACACCGGCUACUUCACCUGCAUUCGUGAUGACGCCCCAUCUACUGAGGAUCUCAUGGCCAGGAUUUAUGUGUUUGUUAAAGACUACAGAAAUCCAUUUGUGGAGAUUCACCCGGAACAUCCUGAAAUAAUCUACAUUUUAGAUGCUAAGAAAACGGUUGUUGUCCCUUGCCGAGUUACCUCACCAGACAUCAAACCUAAGCUCACCCAGUAUCCUUCUUCUGUAGAGAUGAACAUCAAGAGGAUGGUGUGGGACCCAAGAAGAGGAUUUGUCAUCCCCUCUCAUUCUUUCGUUUACUCUGGAGUACUCACCUGCACUGCAAAUGUCAAUGGAAGUGUGUUCACCUCCUACUACCUAGCGCAGAGGUUGGAGGGCAGAGUACAGAACCUGGCUCUAAAAGCAACUCCCAAAAAACUGCUGGUCGGAGAAACUCUCUACUUGGAAUGCAGAGCAGAAACCUUCAUCAACGGGCGCAUUGAGCUCAUAUGGACAUGUCCUAAUGGGAGACACCCUUAUCCUAGAAGAACAAUAGACCAGAGUGGCAUGGUAUAUAAAGUUGGCAGUAGCCUGACAAUUGAAAAUGUCACCAUGCAAGACGGAGGCCUGUAUGUAUGCAAAACAUUCAACGUAACAAGGCUGGAGGCCAAUGUCACAGUUACUGUGUAUGACAAACCUUUCAUUACAGUUUCACAUAAGAAAGGGCCUUACUACGAGAUCACGUCAGGACACAAGUCACUGAAACUAGGUGCAAAGGUGGACGCCUUCCCUCGCCCAAGCGUCACCUGGUACAAAGACGGCAAACUGAUCAAGGAUAACCAUACUUGCUAUGAGCCGGAUCCAAUGAAGUACAGACUGGGCAUAAGAGAUGUGAGACCAAAGCACGCUGGAAACUACACCAUCGUCUUGAGCAACGCCAAAUAUGGCCUGUAUAAGAACCUCACCAUGCAGCUGGUAGUGACGGAGAGACCCAAAAUCUAUGAAAAGGAAACUGAUUUUGAUAAGAUUGAGCGGGUGGAAUUAAGAAGCAAACACAAAAUCCAGUGCACUGUAAGCGGGAAUCCUGACCCGAAGAUCGAGUGGAAGUGGCAGCCCUGCAGCCUCACAGACACACUAUGCAACCCCGCUGGGCAAAAAAUGGUGGUUCAGGAGAACAUGGUCAUAGGCAACAAGAUCAGAAGCAUUGAAAACAUAACCGUGAAGCAUGGGGAUAAAAGAAAGAUUGUGAGCACACUAACUAUGGAAAACAGCAGUGCAUCAGGAAUCUAUUACUGUGUGGCUUCAAACAAGAUCGGCGAAGAAGAGAGGAGCAUUGAGUUCUACGUCUCAGAUGUGCCAUUCGGGUUGCAAACAGACCCACAAGUCACCACCAUUGUGGGGAACGACGUCCAGCUGACCUGCCGGGCCUCCAAGUACAUCUACAGCCACCUGGCCUGGUACUACCCCUCCUCAGAGGAGGCUCUCAGGGACUCAGUGAUCAAGAAAACUGACAACUAUUCCAUUUCUUUGACGCUGGUCAUUCCUAACGUCACGAAGGAACAGAGUGGCCUCUACAAGUGCAGAGCCCAGAACCAGCACAACAGCACCGACACGCUAGAACAGCACACUCAGCUCCUCGUCAGAGCAAAGGCAGCGCCGUAUGUGAUACAAAACCUCACGGAUCUGGAGGUCAACAUCAGCGGCAAGAUCAUUCUGGAGUGCAAAGUCAGUGGAACUCCAGAACCUCAGAUUACGUGGAGGAAGAACGGCUACCCCAUUUCGGCAGCAUCAGGAAUUUCCAUGGAAAACAAUACCCUGGUCAUAGAGCGAGUGAAAAAGGAUGAUGAAGGGCUGUAUGAAUGCAGGGCGUCUAACGACAUGGGCCAAGACAGCACAUCAGCCUUCAUUAAAAUACAAGGUUCUGAGGAGAAAUCCAACAUUGAAGUUAUCAUUUUGGUCUGCACUGGUCUCGCUGCGACCCUCUUCUGGCUUCUUCUGACGCUAUUCAUUCGGAAACUGAGAAAGCCUGAUGCCACAGAUAUUAAAACAGGAUACCUGUCAAUUAUAAUGGAUCCAGAGGAAAUGCCUCUUGACGAGCAGUGUGACCGUCUUCCCUACGACAGCAGUAAAUGGGAGUUCCCCAGAGACAGACUGCGGCUGGGUAAAACACUGGGUCAUGGUGCUUUUGGGAAGGUGGUGGAGGCGUCUGCUUUUGGCAUUGAUAAAUCUUCAACCUGCAAAACAGUUGCCGUAAAAAUGCUUAAAGCAGAAUGUGCAACUACUAACGAAUGCAAGGCUUUAAUGUCUGAACUGAAGAUCCUCAUCCAUAUAGGACAUCAUCUGAAUGUAGUCAACCUGCUGGGAGCCUGCACCAAAGCUGGAGGUCCUUUAAUGGUCAUAGUAGAAUAUUGCAAAUACGGAAAUCUGUCCAACUAUCUAAGAGGAAAACGAGGAGAUUUCAUUGCAUACAAGUCCCAGGAAAACUCGGACCAAGCAGAGAAAAGUCUGGAUGAGUCCAACAGUGAUUUGACCGAACUGAUCAAGAGGCGCCUUGAGAGCGUGGCCAGCACAGGAAGCUCUGCCAGCUCAGGAUUUAUUGAAGAUAAGAGUUACAGCGAUUCAGAAGAUGAUGAAGAAGAUGCUGAGGAUCUGUACAAGAGGCCCCUGACUUUGGAGGAUCUGAUUUGCUACAGCUUCCAAGUGGCAAAAGGCAUGGAGUUUCUCGCCUCCCGAAAAUGCAUUCAUCGGGACUUGGCAGCACGGAACAUCCUUCUUUCAGAGAACAACGUGGUUAAGAUCUGUGACUUUGGACUAGCCAGGGAUAUUUACAAAGACCCUGACUAUGUACGGAAAGGAGAUGCAAGACUUCCACUCAAAUGGAUGGCUCCAGAAGCUAUUUUCGACAAAAUUUACACAACGCAGAGUGAUGUGUGGUCUUUUGGAGUGCUGCUAUGGGAAAUAUUUUCUCUAGGUGCCUCACCAUACCCCGGAGUGCAGAUAGAUGAGGACUUUUGCCGACGGCUCAAAGAAGGAACCCGGAUGAGAUCUCCAGAGUACUCUACUCCAGAAGUCUACCAGACAAUGCUGGACUGUUGGCAUGGAGUACCCACAGAGAGGCCUACUUUCACGGAGCUUGUGGAGCGCUUAGGAGACCUUCUUCAAGCCAAUGUACAGCAGGAUGGUAAAGACUAUAUUCCACUGAACAUCACCUUGCGUCCUGACGGAGACUCUAACUCCAAAACUUGCCUUGUGGAAGAGAACUUGAACAACUGUGUUAAUCGCUGGAGUGCAGUGGAAACUGGUAACAACAGCAAGAAGCGACCACUGAGUGUGAAGACAUUUGAUGAGGUGCCAGUGGAAAAGGAGAAAGUGAUGCAUGAGGAGUCGGACAGUGGGAUGGUGUUGACGUCAGAUGAGAUAAAAAGCCCAAAGAGGCUGGAAAUCCGUUCUUGGCCUUAUGGGAUCAUGGCUUUAGCGCGGAGAGCUGUUAGCAAGAGCAAAGAAUCCAUAUUAUCUGACCAUGAGCGCGAGGCUGUCAAAUACCAGCCAGCAGUACAGGUAGAAGAGGACACCAUGGACUUCACACUGGAAGACUCUGUUCUCCUUCCUAUGGAUCCCAACCUGGAGUGCCACAGCCCACCUCCAGAUUACAACUCCGUCAUUCACUACUCGGCACCUCCAGUGUAA